UUUUCCUUGUUUUUUUCUUGUUUUUCGCUAAUGGUGUGUUUGGUUUUGAGACCGAUGGCGUUAAGUCAAUAUCAGUGACGGAGGGAGAUUCCGUCAAUCUAGACACGUGUGUUGAUCAAGUACAGAAAGAAAAAAUACUGUGGACGUUUGAAAACACUAUCAUAGCUCAGAUCGACAAGGAUUCCCAAACGUUCUCCACAAAAGACGGAAAUGAUGGGAGGUUUAGAAACAGACUGGACUUAAACGCUGAAUCUGGAUCACUGACCAUUAGGAACAUCAGAACGAGCCACUCCGGAGUUUAUAAAGUGGAAAUGAAGAGCCCGAGCGGCUCCUCGAACAGGAGGUUCAAUGUGACUGUAAUAGGUGUGUUUGAUCCGGACUCAGAGAAAAUAAAGCCCGUAUCAGCAAAGGAGGGAGAAUCCGUCACUCUAAACACUAACUUUAAAGUACAGAAAGACUAUCUGAUCGUCUGGAAUUUUGGACGGGCUGCCAAAGACUGCGUAGAUAAUCCGCUUCACCACGUCCCGUGUCAAAGGGAUGUGACCGCCAUCGCUAAAAUCGAUGGAGAAACCGGUGAGGUCGCAUUAGAUCCCGGUGACGGCGAGAUGUUUAGCGACAGACUGAAAAUGGACAAAGUGACCGGAUCUCUGACCAUCACAGACAUCAGACCCAAACACGCGGGGUUUUAUAUGCUACAGAUCAGCAAUAACACCGGGACCAAAUACAGGAGAUUCAACGUCACCGUUAGUGAAAUUACGAAAUUCCACUCACAUGUAGUUUGGAUGCCAAUCGCUAUAGUGCUUUUGUUGAUGGUGACGGUUUGGUGUUUGGCUGUGGGCUUUAAAAACUGGCGCAACAGGAACUUUUUGUUGUUGAAACUGAGGUCGUAUAACUGCUGUCAGUCUACAGGGGCACAGGAACCGGAAUUAUUACCAAAAUCGGUGAUAGAGGGAGAACCUGUGACUCUCGACACGGAUCGAACUCUACUGCAGAGAGAUGAUGUGAUCGAGUGGAAGUUUGGAGGCAAAGUCAUCGCGAAAAUCAGCAGAGCAGCCGGUAAGAUCUGUCAGAAGACUUAUGAUGGUCCUGAAGAGAAGUUCAGAAACAGACUGGAGCUGGACUGUAAGACUGGAUCUCUGACUAUCACAAACACCAGAACCACAGACUCUGGAGAUUAUCAACUACAGAUCGCCACCAGUGGAAGAGUGGAAAUAUACCGAACAUUCAACGUUUCUGUCAGAGAUUCCAGUCGGAAUAUGCCUAACGAGUCAGCUGAGUCUCCUUUGAUGAGUAAAGAGAGAUGCAGCAGCUCCAAUAUGUAGUUGGUAUAAUGCUAUUAACGCUGAUGAGAAAUGUGUCAUAUAUGGUGUUAUUUGCCUAUACAAUGUUUCACACUUAUUAUGAAUGACCAAGAACUUGCUAACUGUACUGUAUACAUUAUAUGUGCAUCACAACAGUGUUUUUUUUUCUGGCUGAUGUGCUUAUUCCUGAAAAUAUUCACUAUAUAAAGU